UUAAAAGUUAGAGGUUUUCUUAUUUUGUGUUUAUUAUCUCUUUUAUUUUUUUAAGCAGCUAAAAAAUCUCUUUAAUGUUAGGUCGAGCAUAUUCUUAGAGAUCUAGACAGAUGAUCACGAAAUUAUCACCAAAAAGUGUUUUGAAAGGAUCGAAUUCGAAACUCUUGGCCACAGCCUCGUUUCAAGAUUGGAUGAAAUCUGCUGGAAACUUUGAGGCCCUUUUUGAAAACGCAGCUGAAAUUCAUAAAGAUCAAAGAGAGGAAGGCAACUGAUGUUUGCAAAUAACAAGAGGCCUAAAAUGACAAGUGAUACAGCUGAAGAUAUCCCAAUGCAAUCAGAGGCACCCGAAGUUGAUUCAACAGUAAUGGCACCCUCUGGAUCAGCCAGUGUUAGCAUUGCGCUGCAUCCUUUGGUAAUUAUGAAUGUGUCGGAACAUUACACUCGAACAAAAGCUCAAGGAGAGAUCAGAGAUGCGAAAGUUGUUGGAGCUCUUCUUGGAAAACAGGAAGGAAGAAACAUAGAGAUUCUGAACUCUUUUGAGCUUCAAUAUGAUUUAAUUGAGAAGGAUAUUGUUAUAAAUAUGGAAUAUUACAGAGCAAAGGAGGAGCAAUUCAGGCAAGUUUUCAAGGAAUUGGAUUUUAUUGGCUGGUACACAAAUGGUGGUCCCCCAAACCCUGGUGAUGUUCAUAUCCAUAAACAGAUGUCACAAAUAAAUGAAAGUUCACUGUUAUUCAAGCUCAAUCCACUUUCAAAGUCUUCUGAUCUCCCAGUAAACAUAUUUGAGUCAGUGAUCGAUUUGGUUGACAAAGAACCUAGAGUUCUUUUUAUUGAUGUACCAUACACCUUAGCAACCGAGGAGGCUGAAAGAAUUGGAGUAGAUCACGUCGCUAGAGUGUCGUCUGCUGGGAACUCAGAAAUUUCAUCAGCUGCGGAGCACCUACAAACACAACAUAACGCGAUAAAAAUGCUGCAUAACCGUAUAAAAACCAUUCUUCAGUACGUGAAAGCUGUCAAGGCAGGUGAAAUUCCGUUAAACAAUGAGAUAAUGAGGAUGUGUCGAAGCCUUUGUCAAAGAUUGCCUGUUCUUGAGUCAUCACAAUUUCAAGAAGACUUUUUUGAUCAAUGCAAUGAUGUUAUGCUGUUGACGUAUUUGGUCACAAUCAACAAGGGUUGUAAUACUGCAAGUGAUUUCAUCACAAAAUUCAACUUGGCCUACGACAGACACGGAAUUGGCCGCCGAAUGAGAGGACUUCUCUACUGAUUGUCGCUAGGAUUUGAAUUGUUGGUUUAAACUAUUUUAAACCAGUUAAACAGCUCCAAGGACGGUGUUUCUCCAUUGGAUUAUGGAAAGAAUCUAUUGCUGCAGGUCUAUCGUUGACGUCACUGUCUGAAACUACCUGAGUCACUUUGAGCUAAAACCGUUAAACGUCUAAUGGUUCAUGAUAGGCUCAUUCAAUGGGUCCGUGAAAUUGACCUUUACAUUCUAUUGUAUCCGUUGGUAGCAAUUGGAUUAAUAUAAGUGUUUCAUAGUUUUGAAAGAUAAGUGAAAAA